CGUAAAAUAUAUUGUAAAUAAUAUAAAUAUUAAAUUGUAUCUUAAGUUACACUCAUCUUUCUUAAAAAAUUUAAGUUGGGGUCGUUAAAGUACAUGCAGGCCAUGCAUGCACUCAAGUAUCGCUCAAAAUUAAAAUCUUCUUCCUUUUUAACCUCUUUCUCGUUCCCUUCCCUCUCCCCGAGCAAGGUUUGCAGGUGCCACGUCCAUUUUCAAUGAACAUCGCCACCACCGCCGUAGUCCUCUUUUCCCUUCACUCCCCCUCGCUCUUUUCUCAUCCAUUUUCAAUUCUGUCCUUCAUCUCUCUUUCUUCCUUCUAUUAAUUUCUUCUUUUUCCUCUUAGAAAAAAUCACUUCUAGUCAUCAUCUUCUCUCUUCACUUAUGCCAGUUAUCCCAAAUCCAGAACAAAGGGGGAUCUAAAUGAUUCUUAAAAAAAUAGGCCUUUUUGUUGAUUAGAAGGCAUACAACAAAGCUUGAGAGGAAGGUGGAAACAAUGAUACAGUUCGCCGGAGUGAGGUGGCGGCAAUAUAAUCCGAAAACGGAGGAAAUGAGAAUAGGGAAAAAGAGUAUUAGGGAGGGUUGAAGGAAGAUAGAGAUUUAUUGGCCAUCCGGUGAGUGGUAACAACUCAGAUCUUGCCGACAUUGACUCAGUCCUCCGAGAAUUAGAUUAAGAAACGAAGGGGUACCUUUGCAAGGAAAGGAAGCUGGGAUUUCUGGAACAGGAGGGCAAAAUUUGGCUCUUUUGCUUGAGUGGUGGAAACCAAUCAAAUGGAUUCCGGCCAACCUGAGGGAAAUAAGGCUGAUGUCCAAGGUGGUUCUUGGAUUCCAGCGACACCCAUGAAGCCCAUUCUACCAAAACCACCGCUGCAGCCACUGAUCUAUGCAAGGAUGGACCGGAAUCAGCCACGACCAUACUGGUUGGGAUCAGACAGACUGUUCUCAAAUUCUAACAAGGAAGCUGAGACUAGAAGUGGAGUUGCAUGUUACGGUGGAGCUAAUUCCAUGACAGCUAAUGGUUCUAACGACUGGGAAGCAGCUCAGGCUAGGCAGUUUCAAGUGGCCCGUAAUGAUAAUGGAACAGUGACGAUACAUUCCAUGGAUGCACUGGGGGGCAUUCCAUUUUUGCAGCUAAUGGCUUUGGCAGAUGCGGCUUCUAUUGUGGGUGCUGAUGCUGCAUUGGGUGGAAAUGCAAGUGACUUGUUCGAUUCUGGCUCUAGCUAUCAAAUUGAAUUGGAGUCUAGCUCUAUGAAGGAUCGUUUCGGUGGCAGCUGCGUACCAGAAGCAAAAGAGUAUGUUCCAUCUGAACAUGGCAGCCAGUAUGCCCAUGAACUCAAUUUUCCAUCGAGGAUAGAGUCAGAUGCAGCUGGUAUUAGAGUAACCUCCCAAUUUGCCCCUUUGACACCAGACAUGGGCAAGAGUAAAUAUAUCGAAAGAGGGACGGAACUACAGCAGAUACUAAUUGAGAACAGCCAAGAUGAGAGAGAACAGAACCAUAACUGUAAUACUUCAAUAACAGUUGGUGAAAACGUGACACAAAAUCAAGAACUUCUUGAACCUGCAAUGCACUCAACAAUUAAUUGUACCCCAGAUGGAAAGGAAGGCAAGAACGAUGGUGACCUGAAUAAAACACCAGCAUCAAGACAGAGAAGGAGAAAACAUAGACCUAAGGUCAUAGUUGAAGGAAAGACUAACAGAACAAAACAAAAUUUGAAGACACCUAGUUCCAAUCCAAGUGCGAGAAAGCGUGUCAGGAAAAGUGGACUUGCUAAGCCUUCAGCAACUCCCUCAAUAGAAGUAACAGGUGAAACCUCAGAACAAGAAAUGGUCAAGCAUAGGAGAAAGUCAUGCAGGAGAGCCAUAACUUUUGAUUCACAGGCCCAAACAAGAGAUGGAUCCCUCGAUUCAGGGCCAUUGGAACAAGGUUCACUGACUCAAAACAGUCAAUCAACUACAGGACUAGAGGAAGUGAGGCUUGAAGAGGUAGGCUCUUCCACUGAUCCAAAUUGGUCCAUGAAUCAAAUGCUGAAAAAAUACGAGUCUCUAUCUGAGAAAGAAGCCCCACCCACUGAACUUUCAUCUGAAAAUAAUUCUUCUGAGCAAAAACAGCCUUCGAAAAGCCAAAUGGAGAACAAUACAGAACAAAAUGGUAAAGUAAUUUCCAAUUCUGAUAAAGAAAACACGGUAGAAGUCAUCCCAAAUGAUGAUAAUCAUCCAUUACCAGGAAAUUCGCAUGGUCUUAUCUUCUGCAAGAACCCCCCAUUGACGUCAAUAGAGCAAGCAACUUGUUGCCUUAGGAAACGUCCUCGGGCCAUCAAACAAGCACAUACUGGGAGCAUAAAUUUAACAGGAGUCCAUUAUAAUACAUUAUCUGCAUAUCAGUCGAUGUCCUGGAUGCAUUUUCCCCACAUUUACAAGAAAAAAAGAACUGAGAAGGGGCAGAACCCUGUUCCCUCAAGUGCAUUUACCACGGCCACAAAUUUCACAAGACCAGAAAGUGCAUGCUCUUUCAAUGACCCCCAAAGAGAUCACAUGGUAUCAAAAUUCAACGCCUGGAUAUCUGGACCUCAGUUUAAUGUUUGUAAAAGUAAAACUGUAGCUGGGCAUGGAGGAAAUGAUCUUCAGGAUAAGUUGCAAACAUAUGGAGGUAUCGUGGGCUUGGGUCAGACUGGGAGAACAAAAAAGAAACCUAGAACAGCCAAACGAGUUUCUAGCUUGGCUCCACCAGAAAGAAUUAGUCAUUGGGAGAAGCAGCCAAUAUAUCCUACUAAUCACCCUCCCCCAGCCGGUUCUGCAAAAAAUAUAAAUACAUCCGGAACAUGUGUAAAUGGACUAUUCGAGAUGAUGCAUGCAACAGUGGCAAAGAAGAAAAGAACAAAGAAGAAACCUUCAAACUCAACACUUCUCAAUAUAAAUAAAGAUCUUGAGGACCGAAGAUUUGUAUCCUUCAGUCCCUGGCAAUUCUUUCCCAAGACAUUAGGAACUGCCUCAGAACACGGUAAUCAAAUAUGCUUUAUUGAUCUCAUAGCUGAACAAUUAAAGCAUCUAGACAUCAACAAGGAAAGCAACAAUUUGGGAUAUAGAGAGCAAGCACUUGUACCCUUUAACAUGCAAAAUCAGGAGCUCAAUGCUAUUGUAGUUUAUGGAAGAGAUGGAACUAUUGUACCAUUUAAUCCUAUAAAGAAACGACGUCCACGACCAAAAGUUGAGCUUGAUGAAGAGACUGGUAGAGUAUGGAAGCUUCUGAUGGGAAAUAUAAACAGUACAGGCAUUGAUGGAACAGAUGAAGAAAAUAUCAAAUGGUGGGAAGAAGAGAGGAAGGUGUUUCAAGGACGAGCAGAUUCAUUUAUUGCUCGGAUGCAUCUUGUUCAAGGAGAUAGGCGUUUCUCUCAAUGGAAGGGAUCAGUCGUGGACUCUGUGGUUGGAGUAUUCCUAACUCAGAAUGUCUCAGAUCACCUUUCUAGCUCUGCCUUCAUGUCUCUUGCUGCACGUUUUCCUCCUAAGCCAAAGUGUCGCCAAGCAUCAUCCUCUCAAGAGCCAAUUAUAGAGUUGAAUGAACCCGAAGAAGCAUGCAUGUUCAAUUUAGAGGAUAGCAUGAAAUUGAACAAACAGAUAAUACAUCAGCAAAUAAGUGAAGAGGGCUCUUUGAUGAAAGAUGAAAUGGAAAAAAGUGAAGGACGAAUAAUUGUUGACAACAAUGAAUCAUCCGGAAGUAAUGUAGAGGAUGGGAGCUCAAACAAAGAACCAGAAAAGAAAAGUUUUGGUUCAUCUCAUAACAUUCUUGAGACAUUUAGCAAUUCUGUGGGAGAAAUAUCGUUGACCGAAACCAGCUCAAUGCAAGCAUGUUUCUCCGGAGAGAAAGAAACAUAUGAUUCAUUUUCAUCUCAAGACUUUUUGGAUUCAUCAAUUCCUCAAACCAAUGAGAGUAUGGAACCAUCCUCAGAAGGAAACUCAGAAGAUCUACCAAGCUGGUCCGCAGAGGCACACAUCGACUCUUCAUCAAAGGAGCUUGUUCAGAUGACAGGACUAAAUACUUUAAAUGCUAAUUUUACCAUUGAUAUCUCCGUUGAACAGUCAGAAAAUACCAUCACCAACAACUUAGUAGAAAAUAAGUGUGACAAUAGAAUAGAUGACACUUCCCAACCAGAUGAUCCUGAAAUAUCCAUAAAAAAUUCUGUUUAUCAUUUGAGUGGUUACCAAACGCAGCAAAACCAGACCUCAAAAUCAUUGGAUGUUGACUGCUGUCAGACAAGCAAUGGAGUUCAAACUUCUAAUGAUUGCCAGAACAAGGACGAACAAUUUCAUACUGAACAAAGUACACUGACAGUCGAAUCUGACAAUCAUGCUAAUGUUGAGAUGGAGCUCAUAGUAGAUAUCAUUGAAGCACCAUCAUCAAGUAGUGAAUUAAGCAUCAACGCAAAGGACCCAGGUUUGACCUUACAGUCUCAAAGCAGUGUGAUUGAAGACCCUCAAAAUGUGGAGUCACCAGCAGAAUGUACAAAUACUGUGCAUGGAAGUCCACCAAAUGCUACAGAAAUAGCAACAAAGCCAAAUCCAAAGGAGUAUAAUCUACUUAGUAAUGAGUUCAAAGAGUUGAAACCUGCCUCCUCAAGAUCUCAGAGUAAGCAAGUUGCAAAGGAAAAAGAUAAAAUUAAUUGGGACAACUUACGAAAGCAGACAGAAACCAACGGAAAGACACGGCAGAGAACUGAAAAUACGAUGGAUUCAUUGGAUUGGGAAGCUUUAAGAUGUGCGGAUGUGAAUGAGAUUGCACAUGCCAUCAGAGAACGGGGCAUGAACAACAUGCUUGCUGAACGAAUCAAGGAUUUUCUAAACCGUCUGGUGAAAGAUCAUGGGAGCAUUGAUCUCGAAUGGUUAAGAGAUGUGGAACCAGACCAGGCAAAAGAAUAUCUACUAAGCAUAAGAGGAUUGGGACUGAAAAGUGUGGAGUGUGUGCGGCUUCUUACCCUCCAUCAUCUUGCCUUCCCCGUUGAUACAAAUGUUGGGCGUAUAGCUGUACGACUAGGAUGGGUACCUCUUCAACCACUACCAGAGUCCCUACAGUUGCAUCUUCUAGAAUUGUACCCUGUGCUGGAGUCGAUCCAAAAGUAUCUAUGGCCUCGGCUUUGCAAGCUUGACCAAAGAACACUGUAUGAGUUGCACUACCAAAUGAUUACAUUUGGAAAGGUCUUUUGUACCAAAAGCAAACCAAAUUGUAAUGCUUGUCCAAUGAGAGGAGAAUGUAGGCAUUUCGCAAGCGCAUUUGCAAGUGCAAGGCUUGGCCUUCCAGCACCAGAAGAUAAAAGAAUAGUCAGUACUACUGAGUGCAGAGAACCAGACAAUAACCAACCCAGAACAAUUGACCAACCAAUGCUGUCCCUCCCUCCGUCGACAAUAUCAUCUGAAGAGAUCAAGCCAUCAGAAAGCCAUGAAUGUGAUGGUAAGACUACAGCUGGUGCAUGUGUACCCAUUAUUGAAGAACCAGCAACACCAGAGCAAGAAACCGCCACCCAAGACCCAAGAAUCAUCGACAUUGAGGAUGCCUUCUACGAAGACCCUGAUGAAAUUCCUACAAUAAAACUAAACAUUGAGGAGUUCUCACAGAACUUACAGAACUAUGUUCAAAAGAAUAUGGAACUUCAAGAAGGUGACAUGUCAAAAGCCUUAAUUGCAUUAACCCCAGAAGCCGCGUCAAUUCCCACGCCCAAACUUAAGAAUGUCAGCCGGCUGCGAACAGAGCAUCAAGUCUAUGAACUUCCAGAUAACCACCCUCUUCUUGAGAAGUUGAAGUUGGAUAGAAGAGAGCCAGAUGAUCCUUCCUCAUACCUUUUGGCUAUAUGGACACCAGGCGAAACAGCAAAUUCCAUCCAACUACCAGAAAAAAGAUGCAGUAAUCAAGAACACCAUCAAUUGUGUUGUGAGGAGGAGUGCCUCUCAUGCAACAGUGUCAGAGAAGCCAACUCCUUCAUGGUUCGAGGGACUCUUUUGAUACCAUGUCGGACAGCAAUGAGAGGAAGCUUUCCACUGAAUGGCACUUACUUUCAAGUCAAUGAGGUGUUUGCGGAUCACGAAUCAAGCCUCAACCCAAUAGAUGUUCCAAGAGACUGGAUAUGGAAUCUACCUAGACGCACCGUAUAUUUUGGGACCUCCAUACCAACAAUAUUCAAAGGUUUAUCAACACAAGGCAUCCAACACUGUUUCUGGAGAGGGUUCGUCUGUGUAAGAGGUUUUGAUCAAAAAACAAGAGCGCCCCGACCAUUGAUGGCCAGGCUUCAUUUUCCAGCCAGCAAAUUGAACAGAGGAAGAGGCAAAACAGAGGAUCAAUAAGAGAGCGAGGAGAUGAAGCCCAAACAAGGACAGCACAAAUAACAUAGCAGUAAGAAAAGAACAACAUUUGGUAAGACAGCUUCCAACCCGUCACAAAUAAGUUAAUAUCCAUUUGUAAAUUCCUGUUUGACACGUGAUUAACAGCACUAGAAUUAGUCAUUUCAAGCUCAAGUCUGAAUCAUUCAUAAAAAAAACUAGCGUCCGACACUAGCCAUGAGAUGCUUAUUAAUUUCUCUAUCCAAGAUGUGAGAUGCCAGUUCCAUAGCAGCAAACGGAAGGUUACAGCACGUCAAACUAGUGAUCAUCAGAAAUUUAACUGAGUUUUGAGGAGAAAUUCGUGUUUUUUUUACCAGACAGAUAAUUGAUUAGAGAUAGAGAUGGGCGUAAAGAUGCAAAAGACGAGAAUAUCCAAUUCAGAGGCAGUGUUUAGUGGCUUGUUGGUGCGAAACAAAAUAUAACUCCUGUGUGAAUCCGAUAGUUAGGAGGUAGUUUGGGAGCUGUAUAGAAGAAUAUAUAUAUCUAGAUAUAGAAAUUUGAAAAUGCGUUUAAAAACAAA